UUGCAAGAAUAUAACUCCGCUUUGGUCCUAAAAUUGCAUUUAGGGCGAUCGUAAACACUUCUAUUGCACCGCACCAUUGCAAUCUUUGCACAAGUAGCAUGUUUACUGCUGUUUUAUGGUGGUGAAGACCCAGAGUUUCUUCAGACAUGUCAGUGAGGGAGUCCUUUAACCCCGAAAGCUAUGAGCUGGACAAGAACUUUAGGCUCACACGCUUCGCUGAGCUCAAGGGCACAGGCUGCAAGGUGCCCCAAGAUGUGUUACAGAAGCUACUAGAAACCCUACAGGAGAACCACUAUCAAGAGGAUGAACAGUUCCUGGGGGCAGUUAUGCCCCGAUUAGGCAUAGGCAUGGACACCUGUGUGAUCCCCCUCAGACAUGGAGGCCUUUCUCUCGUCCAGACAACAGAUUACAUCUACCCCAUUGUGGAUGACCCCUACAUGAUGGGAAGAAUUGCUUGUGCCAAUGUUCUAAGUGACCUGUAUGCCAUGGGAGUGACAGAGUGUGACAACAUGUUAAUGCUUCUGGGAGUCAGCAACAAAAUGUCAGAAAAGGAGAGAGACAAAGUCAUGCCACUGAUCAUCCAGGGGUUCAAGGACGCAUCAGAGGAGGCCGGCACAUCUGUAACAGGAGGACAGACAGUGCUCAACCCCUGGGUGGUGAUGGGAGGAGUUGCUACCACAGUCUGCCAGCCCAACGAAUUUAUCAUGCCAGAUAACGCAGUGCCAGGAGAUGUGUUGGUGUUGACCAAGCCACUCGGAACACAAGUGGCCGUCGCAGUACAUCAGUGGCUAGAUAUCCCUGAGAAGUGGAACAAGAUCAAGCUGGUGGUGACCCAGGAGGAUGUAGAGCUGGCCUACCAUGAAGCCAUGAUGAACAUGGCUCGGCUCAACAGGACAGCGGCUGGUCUCAUGCACACCUUCAACGCUCACGCGGCCACCGACAUCACAGGGUUCGGCAUCCUUGGCCACGCUCAGACGUUGGCACGGCAACAACGAAGUGAAGUGUCAUUUGUCAUCCACAACCUCCCGGUGCUCGCCAAGAUGGCUGCCGUGUCCAAGGCCUGUGGGAACAUGUUUGGACUCAUGCACGGCACCUGCCCUGAAACAUCAGGAGGCCUGCUCAUCUGUCUGCCUCGGGAGCAGGCCGCCCGCUUCUGUGCCGAGAUCAAAUCCCCAAAAUACGGCGAGGGCCACCAAGCGUGGAUCAUCGGAAUUGUAGAGAAAGGAAACCGCACUGCUCGCAUCAUUGACAAACCACGGAUCAUAGAGGUGGCACCGCAAGCAGCCACACAGAAUGUCAACCCAACUCCCGGUGCAACUUCUUAAUCCUCCUUUGCUGCAUCACAGACCGGAACCUCUGCUCUGCUGAGUGUUUUUAGACACAUAAACUACAAAAACCAUCCUAGAGUGUUGAAAUAUAUACACACAAUAGUAUGUACACAGAAAAGACUGGGUUGGUGUGUAUCUACAUGAAAAACAGCCCCACACAGUGGCCAAAGGGGCGUGUCAUCAACCCGUGGACUCAACCUGCAGUAUCCCCAUGAUAAAAAAUUGGUAAGAAUUAGUGCAUACUUAAAAUCCAUUUGCCUUUCGUGUCUGUUGUGUUCUGUUAUGUUAUACGUGCGUGAUUGGCAGGCAGCUUUGGAUAAGAGAGUGAUGAUGAUGAAGACAAUAACGCGAUACUGUUGAUUCAUUUUGAAUCCUAGGAAGUCUGGUGUCUGUUGCCUCUUUGGGUCUUUCAAAAUUGCUCUCAUCCAGCAAGCGGACUGCGUGGUGGUGUUUUUGUUUGUCCAUUCACUUUGUACAGUUAUAAAGCGUAGUUUUAGUUCAUUGCCGUAACUGAUGCCUUGAAAGAAACGGAGUGUGACCAGAAUGGUUUGUUUUUUAUUACUUUGACUUUUUGUAUUGUCCCCACCAAAACUAAUAAAUAUUCAAAUAGAAAAUGGUUUGUUUUUGCCGCUCAUGUUAACGUAACAGGUCAAAUAUGACAUAACAGUUACUGUCUAAAGUCAUAGAUGAGAAGAAAUCUGCACACCCCUCAGGAGAUGAACCCCUCUACCAUCUGCAUUCCCAAUAUGUCAUCAUAUUUAAGGUAAUAUGGUGUAUAGAGUUUGCAUUAUAUGGUCACACAAUUGUGCAACUGUAAAAAGCAGUCUGGGUUGUUAACAAUAAGCACUCUGAUCAGUGAGUUUAUUAGCUGUUGCCUGUGUUGGAGAUCCGGCGCAUUUAGUUUUGCUCUCUUAAGUUUGCUGCGAGCAGUCUGACUUACUGAUGAAGCUUCCAGCUGAUCAAAGUCCAGAUCGUUCUUGUUUGUCCUAAUAGCCUGGAUGAAUCUGGAAGGCCUCUGUACAUGUUCAUAUGGAUAUCAGGAAAAAAGAUGCAACCUCCACCCCAUCUCUUAAAAUAAACUUCUCUUAUAAUAGGUUGUUUUCCUGUCUGUUUUUCAUAUAUUAAAAGUGGUUGUUGAAAUGUGUAAAAAAUGGAAAAUAGUAAUCAGUUAACAGCAUGAUGAAUUCAUUUUUUACUGAUUUGUAUGAUUAGAAUUGCACAAAAGCAGCUGAUGGUGAGUUAUAUGUAAUAGAUGUAUAAUGAUCUUUAAUAUUUGAAUCAAAAAUGACAAUGUAAAAUGAACAGCAAUUCAUAAAUACAGGCAUGUAACAUGAUUUAUAUUACUACUGAAUUCUUUAAAAAGAUAUAUUUACAAGUUGCAUAUGCACAAACUAUAGUGCAUAUAUAUAAAGAUUAUAUCUAGAUUUAUUACAUUAGCUUUAUAUACAGUCUAUGGCAUUAAAGGAGGGAGAAACAACCAUUGCAACAAAAAAAAAAAUCCCAUUAUUAAAUACACAUAUUAC